UUUAUGUACAGUGUCGCAAUACUUUAGUCGCCGUGCUACAUUGAAUGGAAAAGGAAUGUUGAACGAUUUGGAAUAAUGUCUAAGCGCAAAUAAUAUGAUUACUGUCUACUUUUGGUAUCGUGUGAUAUGAUAUCAAAACUGUGUCUAAAAGUCUAAAAUGGGAAUUGUAAGUUCAAUAGACGUAGGUGGAAAUGAUAAAUGUCUAAACGAACUAUCAUUGGAUGAUAUUAUAGAUGAAGUUGAGGGUAUUUCGGGACUGUUACUAGUUGUUGCCCAUAGCAUUAAACGGCCCAAGCAGGGAGGAAAAACAACCGACAGUGUUGCCGCUAAAAACGUGCUAGAGGAAUUGUUAAGGAAUGCGUUUGACAAACUCACUUGUUACUACACAAUUGAUGUCUACACGACAUGUCAAGAGUUGAGUGACAAAAAGUCCCCUCUCUUGGGCAGUUCAAACACCACUGAGGAAGAAAGUCAUAUUCUGGCGAAAAUCGGUCUUUCAGAUACCAUUACCAAAAGUUUGCUUGAAACACUGAAGCAGGUUAAAAACUUACCUGCUGUAGAUAUUAAACAUUUACGAAAACAGGUGGAGAAAUAUUCCACGGGCCAUUCAAAAGGCAAUUCCAGUCAAACGCCAUUGUCGAGAGAAAACAGCAAGACUAAUUCUGAUGAACAACAAAACCUUCGCUCUGAGAGAGGAAAAGAUCACGAUGAAAAGAAGAACCAUGAAGUCGGAAAAGACCAAGACACUACAGAGACAGACAAUACUAGAAAGCGUCCGGUAAGAGACAAAUCUGGCAAUUAUUUAGAAACAGAUGAAACAAAAAACAUUACGGUCGGAAACUGUUACGAUUUAACGCAUGCAGAUGUUGGUGACAUAAAAACAACCCCGAAGAAAAAAGACAAGACAAGGGAAAUUGGACGUUUACAGCUUGACAUACAAAAGCUGAAAAUUGAUAUCGACGUUUUGAAAAAAGAUAAUAAUGAGCUUAAGAUGGAUUUAAAGCGAAUCAGCGAAAAUAACACUCACGACGUCGUCCAACUAAACACGCACAUCAAAACAAAGCAAAAUGAGAUUCAGAGUCUUAAGGAAGAAAAUGCAAGUCUUGUGUUGAGAUUGAGCAAACUUGCUGGAGAAAAGCUGACAAAGGAUAAUCCAAACAUAACGGACCUUAGUGACCCGAACCGUCCAACUAAACUGGGAGAGAUAUACAGCGAGUUGUACGACAAUCAAUGGACAGAUGCUUUUGAGGGCCUUACUCAAGCCGGUUACCAGGAGACGGAGGCCAUCGAAGCCUUGAACAUCACAUUGAAGCAUGCAUACAAGUUUUGUGCGGAGAAAGCGAGUGAGAUGCUGACGAAGACUGAAGAUGUCGCUAUGCAAAUCUUUGAGGCAUGCACGAAGUCUCAGGUACUUGUUUGGCAGUCAAUGGAGUUACCUAAGUCCACAGACAAUGAAAGUGGACAGUAUUCCCACAGUAUGCGUGAUGAACAAUUCAUAGAGAGACAUUGGAAGCCUAAACAACUCCCUGUAGGUGAUCGUACCGGUGAGGGACGAGCACCAAAUAGAGAUAAGGUGGUAGUAAAGCCUGCGAAGAUGGAGAGUGAACUGGUGAAAUUGCGGAAGGAGGUCUCCUUGUCCAUGGUCCCAGUUGUGCAGCAGGCUUACUUCUGGGGAAAAUGGAACGAAACAUGCAUCGAACCGCUGGAGCCUUUCAUCCAGAAAUGUUUGUUCCUGUGUUGGAUGAUGGUCGUUCAAAGUCCUCCGAUGGUUUUUGACAAGAACACCGAAGAAGGCACACGGUUUGAGAGCGCAUUAUACAAGCAGUACACAAAAAGUGGAGACGUAUUUGAGUAUGUGGUCUGGCCUGCGCUUCUUCUGCAUGAAGACGGUCCUGUACUUUGCAAAGGUGUUGCGCAACCGAAAAAGGCAAAGGAAUAGUCACAAAGAUCAUAUUUUGUCUGAACUUUACAUUUUUUGUUCUUCUUUCAAUUUGAAUAUGCGUAUCAACAUGAGUUUUCCAGUCGGUACAAUACCAGUUGAACAUUUAGCGCUUUUAAAUCUUUAAACUAAGUACUACAAAAAGGGAGUGAUGUAUUUAGAACUGCUCCAUGCACAAUAAAAAACAAAUUAUGCAGCUUCGAACAUUUACAUUUACUGUAUGAUAUAGGUGCCUUUAUUUCUCUUUUGAUUAAAUCAUGUAUGUUAUGUCUGAGUAGAGAACAUCACAAUUAACCCACUGUGUGUAGUCAGUUGAUAAUACAAUGGAUUAUAUUCCGUCGAUAUAUACUAGAACAUAAUUUAAUAGAACAUAAUCCAAUGGAUUAAUUGAACAUCUCUUACAAUCAGCUUCCGACAAAACUUAUUACAAUGAACAUUCAUGCUUCCAUUUGAGUCAUGUUAAUUAUUUGCUAUUUGUUUUUUUAUGUUACAUUUUCAUGACGUCGUGUAUAAAUUAAUACUACAAGUGUACACUUUCUUGGGUGGGUCUCGUCCUUAUAUGUGUGGAAUCAAUCAUAUAUACGUCUGUUCAUAUGGAUAUUGUAAAUACAAUAUAAAGUUAUAGUAGGUACUAGUAAUAAUCAGCAUGCACUUUCUAAAUAAAUAUAAUAAAGAAAACAAAUAUUUAUUGUUUUGCUUGUAAGGAGCAUCUAAAUGAAACAAAAAUGAGGAAAGUGUCACAGUCCAAUAACAUUAAUAUGAAUUAGUAUAAUGUACAUACGGUGUUUUUAAAACAUAAACUACUUGCAAUACCGCAUACUCGAAAUGCGUGUGCCCGACGUUGUAUUUUUAUGACGUCACGGUGUACAUUAGCUAGUUAAAUCAAGAUGGAGGUUCACUGGAUAAAUCAGGUAUUUGAUAAGAUUAUUUCGAUAAAAACAUUUUAUCAAACUAUCACUGCAUUUACAAUGUGUUAUCUGAUCAUGUUUAUGAAUACACUAUUCCUAUCAUAGUUGAGUGGGGUUUCUAUGUUUGUUUUAUGUCAGAAAGGUACAUGUCUUACAAGGCAAUAAGUAAGUUACGUUCGGAUAGGUUGUAAUGAUAUUUUAACAUACGAUCAGUACUUAUUGCACGGUAAGCUGGACAAUAUUGCACGAAACAGUUACUACACCAAACCGUAAUUAUUAAAAUAACACAUAAUUCGCCUUCGCUGUGUAUAAUUUUUAUAAAUCGGGUUUUGGGUGAAGUAGCCAGUCCGGAUAAGAUGGGGCAUCUCGGGGUUUAAGUUAGAUUAUUGUUAGACAAAACACGACUAGCCUGAGGGUCCUUUUCCUAGAUAUAAUUGGCUGUUAUAAUCAGAAACUAUGCAAUAAGGUUAAUUAUUUUCCUUUUUGUCUCAACAGUUCAAUCUCAAGCCAAUCGUUGAAUGAUGUUGGGAAGUUCUACUCUAUGUACAUUUACAUAUGCAAAUAUGUUUAUUUUUGUAAUCAAAAACUGUUUAUGUUUAUCCCAGAUCUCUACUCCUGUAAUAAUAUUUACAUGUUUAUAUUGUUGUUACAUUUUGUAACUCUUAUUAUACUUACAUUUAAUACCAUAACGA